AUGGGUUCCAUUUUUCUACCUCAUUUGCAUACAGGCUGGCAUGUUGAUCAAGCAAUCGUUACGGAAGAAGAAAGGUUAGUCGUCAUUAGAUUUGGACAUGAUUACAACAGAGAUUGUAUGCUAAUGGACGAAAUGCUAUAUUCUAUUGCUGAAAAAGUUAAGAAUUUUGCCACGAUAUAUCUAUGUGACAUUGACGAAGUACCAGAUUUCAAUGAAAUGUAUGAAUUGACGGAUCCAGUAACUCUAAUGUUUUUCUAUCGAAAUAAACAUAUGUUGUGUGAUUUUGGAACAGGUAAUAAUAAUAAGAUGAAUUUUGUCAUUGAGGAUGAACAAGAACUAAUAGAUAUUAUUGAGACGAUCUUCAGAGGGGCAAGGAAAAAUAAGGGUUUGGUAGUAUCACCAUAUGAUUAUAGUUUCAAGAGAGUUGAUAUAUGA